AUGUUAAAUCUUACUUUCUGGCUGCAAUACAUUAGGGUUUUCCUAUCCAUUCUAUGCAUCUCUUUAUACACAUACAUCAAAUCACGUGUAUUUGGUAAUCGAAAGCGUGUGCCACCGCUAUUCGAUCGAAAUUGUAAGAUUGCUGUUGUGGGCGGUGGUAUCGGAGGUGUAAGUGCGGCGUAUGCCCUGCUACGCAGUGGUUAUAAAAACGUUACAAUAUAUGAAGCACGUGAUAAACUUGGCGGUAACGCUAAAACGCAUCUGUGGCAAAGUGAUAGAUAUAAUAUUACUACCGGUCUUUCCGUCUUAGCAUGGCCAUUGAUAUUCCGUAAUUAUAUUCAUUUACUCAAUGAAUUGAAUAUUCCUACGACAAUGGUUGAAUUGCCAUUUUUUAUUCAUGAUAAACAAAACAAUAGCGUUUUUGCUCAUGGGAAACAAUCUGCUGAAUACAAUACUGAUCUAAAACGUUGGUCUCGAAUGGUAAAUACAGUUCGAUGGCUUACUGAAUAUCUCAGUGGAAAAGACGCAUCGCUGUAUCAUUUCGCAUUUCUCAAUCCAUUCAAUUAUAUACCUAUGCGAUCUUUAAGCUUGUUAUUUGGUGUAUCCAAUCGGUUUUGGCAUCAUGUUGUCGUUCCUAUGUACGCUUCAUCGUUUUUAUCAACAAAAUUAUCGUUCAUACCAUCAUCUAUUCUUCCAACCAUUGACAGUUUGAUUUCAUUGCAACCAAAUCAAAUCCCAACGAUGCAAACAUGGAUACAAACAUCGAUCGAUGUUUUCGAUAAGAUGACCCAAGGUGCAACAGUGAAAACCAAUCAUCCCGUAACCAAAGUUCGUAUCCAACGAAAAUCCAAUAGUCAAAUCAUGAUUAACAUCAAUGAAGAGGACGUCAAUUAUGAACGAAUUAUUUUCGCUUGCAAUGCUGAUGCAACCGUAAAAGCACUAACGAGCGGCCGUACCAAUAUCUCUUCGUUAUUGAAGCUGAUGCUCUCCAAUGUAACUUAUGGUGAUGAUGACGAUCUAAAUCUUCUAGAUGGAGUGAUCCAUCGCGAUAUAAACAUUUUACCAGUGGAAUAUGCAAAUGAACUACGUUGUAACUACGCGAAUUACAUUGAUUUGAAAUAUGACUCGACCAGUCAGUUAUAUUAUCAUUAUAAUACAUUUAUUCUGAGUUCGUGGCUGCCAAAUGUUCAUGCAAUGCUACAAGAUAAUCGAAUUGAACAUGAAACUAUGGAACCGAUGCUCGUGACUUAUGCGCCCAACAAUCAACCGGCCCCAAAGAUUGAUCAAAAGAAAAUCUUCGGCAAAGUCGAUAAUCGUCGUGCUCAUCCAAGUCUAUCAUUUCGUAAUCAAACUAUUGCAUUGUUAAUGCGCUUAGUGCAAGGCGAGAAUGGUAUGUAUUUUUGUGGAAAUGCUGUCACGCCCGCAAACGGUCAUGAUCUUUCGUUGAUAUCAGGGUUUGCUGUAGCGGAAUUGAUUGGUGCCAAAUAUCCAUUCGGUGAAAAUCAAUCAGCAUUACAAGAUUUUAAUCGAUUUAAAAGAAUGUGUGUGAAUUGA